AUGCACUCCACCUGUCGUGGAGCAGCACUAGGCGCCCUGGGUCAUGGCAAGACCGGGGCAACCGAGAACCGUACCGCAUAUGGAGGCUUCAUGAGGGUGAUCAAUUCAUUCGGCAGAGAGCGGGCGCUAGUGGGCGUGCCGAGCCACGAUGUGGCGCAGAUAUGCGAGACACAGCCACUGGGGGACACACACGUGGCUGAUGGACUGGGGCUGGUGGAGCUGGGGCUGGUGGAGCUGGAGGGAGACUGA